AGAAUUUGGAUUAAGUUAAUCUAACAUUAAACAAUAGUUUAGUUUGAAAUUAGUAUUAGUUCAAUGCGAGAUAAUGAUCAAUGGAUACUGUCUUUUCGUAUUCCCGCUUCAUCUUCUGUGCUUUUAAUAAUUUAGCGCUGAGUUUCUUCCUCUCUAGCCACUUCCUCUCUCUCUCUCUCUCUCUCUCUCUUGUGCCCUUUUUGACUAAUUGCUCUCUAGCUUUGAAGAAGAAGAAGAGAAAGAGAUCCUGGGUAAGGGUUAGGGUUCGAAGGCCAUGUCUGCUGCUCAGGAGGACUUGUUGUUGACGACAAGACACCAGAUGCUGAUGGAGAAUCACGAGAGCCUGAAGCAAGACUACGCGAGCCUCGAGCAAAGGUUUAAGCUUGUGGAAGAUUUGAAUGCGAUGAUGAAGCCGCGUCUUCAGAAUCAGAGCCAGUCUAAGGAGCUGCGCUUGCUCAAGGAUCUCGAGAGGGAGAGGAAGGAGAAGGAAGAGUUCAAGAAGAUGGUCGAGGUCCUUGAGGCCACGAACAGUGAACUGAUGCUCAAGAACGAGGAGCUUUUGACUGCGUUGGAGAAACAAGAGGAUGAGGAGAAGAGGCAGGAGGAGAAGUUUGAUGAGUUAGCGAGGAUAUGUGAUGAGCUUGAAAAGGAGUGUUUGCAUUUAAAAUCACUCUAUGAUGAUCCUAAGAGACUCAACGGUGGGCAAGGAAAGAGCAAUGUGGGUUUGGAAGAUGAUGUCUUUGUGGUGGGUGAGAGUCAUAAUGCUGUGAAGAACAACAACAACAACACAGUGGCUGAUGCGAUUGUGCUCAGUGACGAGAGUGAUGCUGAGUCUGAUAGACCCACGAGAGAGAGCAACGUAAACACUCCAUUGCGUGGUGUUAUAAAACAAGAAGAAGAAGAAAGCAGCAAUGGAGUAAACUCAUCACAAGUAAAGCGUUCAUCAAAAUCAAAAGUGAAGCAUCCAUCAAGCUCCUCCUCGUCAUCAUCAUCAUCAGAUGUAUAUGUUGUUUCGCUUAAAGGAUGCAGGGAUGAUGGUUAUAACAAGACGUUGUAGAAGCCGUCGGGUGCAGGGUUAUUAUAUUAAGUUUCAUCUUGUUUAGGUGAAUUCUAUUUGUUUUCAAGUACACUACUUAGACCGUAUAUAUAUACGGAGUAUUAUUCGGCUUAAUAUCUAAUCUGCUUCCUAAUC